UGAGCUUGUUAUGCAUUCAUACUUUAACAACAAUUCUUCUCAUAAUAAUAUUUCUGACGAUAUUUUUAAACUUAUGAUGGAAGGAAAUGAUUUAACAAAUAAUAUUAAUUUCCAAAGUAUCGAAAAUUCCUCAAUUAAUGAUACAACUGCAAACAAUUCAGCUCAAACUACUCCUGUAAUCUCGCAAGAUACAAAUCCGUUACUCUCUGUUGAAGAAUUGGUCUCUUCUAAACCAAACGGUGACAAACCGUCAAAAUCCAGUAACGCGUUUAUCAUUUACAGAAAAGCUUAUGUUAAAGAACUGCAUUCUCGUGGUAUCAAUUUACAAAUGACUCAGAUCAGUCCAAUGGUUUCCGAAAGUUGGAAAAAAGAGCCGGCUAACGUUAAAGCUGAAUACAAAAAGUUGGCUGAUGUUGCUAAACAACGUUAUAAAAUAAUUUGGCCCGCAAAAUCGCCAAUUAUCAAUAUUGCUAGUAAUAUUGAUGAUAAUCCAAUUAUAAAUAACACGAACACUUUUCCUAAUAUCCUUGCCAACAAUUAUAAUGAGACGUUAACAUCGUCAAAUACGUCAACGUCAUCAAAUGAGUUAACGUCAUCAAAUGAAUUGACGUCAUCAAAUCCAUCGACGUCAUCAACAUCGAUAAUACGCAGUAUGCCAGAACCUACGGAUCGUGAAGGUUCACUAUUAGCAUAUCAUCAACUAAUGAUAAACUGGCAUAAAGAAUUACGUCGCCAUCCGUAUCGUACAAUUUCUGAAGCAAUGAAUGUAUCUAUUUUUACCUUUCAUAUUGUUUAA